AUGGUAGGUUAUUUAAUUGUGUUUUAUUGUUUUAGAUCCACCAUAAUAUAAGGAAUUGAAGGAACUUCUUUUUGAUGUUUUAUGGUUAGGAUAGGAUCUUUUCUGGCUUUUUUAUUUUUUAAUACAAGAUUCAAGGCUAGUUUUUGUGUAGUAUAGCUGGUUUUAGACGAUAUAUUGUAUUUUAGGUAACAUUUAAUUUAUCAAAUUCUGUUUUUAACUUAAAACUGAGUUAAAACUAUGUUUUUCUUUCUAAAUAUGGAUCAAAAUCUUAUUUUCCUCGAUUUCAGGUGAACUUCACUAUCGAUGAGAUCCGUGCCCUUAUGGACAAAAAGAAGAACAUCAGAAACAUGUCCGUAAUUGCUCACGUCGAUCACGGAAAGUCGACACUGACUGACUCGUUGGUAUCCAAGGCCGGUAUUAUUGCUGGAGCCAAGGCCGGUGAAACUCGUUUCACUGAUACUCGUAAAGAUGAACAGGAUCGUUGUAUUACCAUCAAGUCAACGUAAGUUAAUAUUUUGAUAUUAAAUUUGUUUUACAGUUUUUGGUAAUUUCUGAUGUUGUUUUAGAUGUAUUUUAGUAUAAUCUUGAUUUGAAAAGAAAUUAUUUUGCUUGUAAAAAGCUUUUUAUUAUAAUAUAGAGCAAAAUAUAAUGUUAUAGAGCUAUGUUAAUAUAAUUUUCUCAUUUUAGUGCCAUCUCUAUGUUCUUUGAACUUGACACCAAGGAUUUGGACUUCAUCAAGGGAGACAACCAGAUUGAGGUUGAAGGUGGCAAGAAACAUAACGGUUUCUUGAUCAACUUGAUCGAUUCACCCGGUCACGUUGAUUUCUCAUCUGAAGUAACAGCUGCUCUCCGUGUAACUGAUGGUGCUUUGGUCGUCGUCGAUUGUGUUUCUGGUGAGUUUUACUUUGAUAUUAUAAUGUUUUAGCUUUAAAACUUAUUAAAAUUUAUGCUUUGAUGAGAUUUUUGACUUUUUAUUCUUUGAAAAUAGAUUUUUGAUAUCUAAAAUAAAAUAUUUUUAGGUGUGUGCGUACAAACCGAGACCGUACUUCGUCAAGCUAUCGCCGAACGUAUCAAGCCAAUUUUGUUCAUGAACAAGAUGGACCGUGCUCUUUUGGAAUUGCAAUUGGGUCAGGAAGAACUCUUCCAAACCUUCCAACGUAUUGUUGAGAACAUCAACGUUAUUAUCGCCACCUAUGGUGAUGACGAUGGACCAAUGGGACCAAUCAUGGUUAACCCAGCUGAUGGUAACGUCGGUUUCGGUUCAGGUCUUCACGGUUGGGCCUACACCCUGAAGCAGUUUGCUGAGAUGUACGCUUCCAAAUUCGGAAUCCAAGUUGACAAGCUCAUGAAGAACUUGUGGGGAGACCGUUUCUUCAACUUGAAGACCAAGAAGUGGAGCAGCUCUCAAGAAGACGGUUCCGUUCGUGGUUUCGUUCAAUUCGUCUUGGAUCCCAUCUUCAAGGUCUUCGACGCUAUCAUGAACAUCAAGAAGGACCAGGUUGACAAGCUCAUCACUCAACUGAACAUCAAGCUGCCAUCUGAAGAGAAGGAUUUGGAAGGAAAGGCUUUGAUGAAGGUCUUCAUGAGAAAGUGGUUGCCAGCUGGUGACACUAUGUUGCAAAUGAUCUGUAUUCAUUUGCCAUCUCCUGUGACUGCCCAGAAGUACAGAAUGGAGAUGUUGUACGAAGGACCCCACGAUGAUGCCGCCGCUACCGCCAUCAAGAACUGUGACGCCAACGGACCAUUGAUGAUGUACGUGUCUAAGAUGGUACCGACCUCUGAUAAGGGACGUUUCUACGCCUUCGGUCGUGUUUUCUCCGGAAAGGUCGCUACUGGAAUGAAGGCCCGUAUCCAAGGCCCCAACUAUGUGCCAGGCAAGAAGGAGGACUUGUACGAAAAGACCAUCCAACGGUAAGUUUAUUGAUUUAUCACUUUUUUUUUAAUUUUUUAAAAGUUUGUUUUUAUAUUUUAAUUGUUCAUUUUUAGUACUAUUCUCAUGAUGGGACGUUACAUCGAACCCAUCGAAGAUAUCCCAGCCGGUAACAUCGUCGGUUUGGUCGGUGUUGACCAGUAUUUGGUCAAGGGAGGUACCAUCACCACUUUGAAGGAAGCCCACAACUUGAAGGUCAUGAAGUUCUCUGUCUCCCCUGUCGUGCGUGUUGCCGUCGAGCCAAAGAACGCUGGUGAUUUGCCAAAGCUUGUAAGUUUGGUUUUGAUAUGGUUGUUGAUUAUUUUGUUUUAAAAUUUUUGAUUUGGUGUUAAUUUUAAUAUUUAAGGUCGAAGGUCUGAAACGUUUGGCCAAGUCUGACCCUAUGGUCCAAUGUAUCUUCGAAGAGUCUGGUGAACACAUCGUUGCUGGUGCCGGAGAAUUGCAUUUGGAAAUCUGCUUGAAGGAUUUGGAAGAAGAUCACGCCUGUAUUCCUCUCAAGAAGUCCGACCCCGUCGUAUCAUACCGUGAAACUGUCCAAUCUGAAUCUGACAUCAUGUGUCUGUCUAAGUCCCCCAACAAGCACAACCGUAUCUUCAUGAGAGCCGUCCCAAUGCCAGAUGGUAUGGCCGACGACAUCGAGAAGGGCGAUAUUGAUCCAAAGGCCGAGCCUAAGGAAAGAGCCCGUAUCAUGGCCGAGAAGUACGAGUACGACCCAACUGACUCGAGAAAGAUUUGGUGCUUCGGUCCUGACGGAACUGGAGCCAACAUCGUUAUUGAUGUCACCAAGGGAGUACAAUACCUGAACGAAAUCAAGGAUUCCGUUGUCGCUGGAUUCCAAUGGGCCACCAAGGAAGGAGUACUCUGUGACGAAAACAUGCGAGGAGUUCGCUUCAACAUCCACGAUGUCACCCUCCACGCUGAUGCUAUCCACAGAGGUGGUGGUCAAAUCAUUCCAACUGCUCGUCGUGUCUUGUACGCCUCCGUCUUGACUGCUGAGCCACGUCUUUUGGAGCCAGUCUACUUGGUCGAGAUCCAAUGUCCAGAGAACGCUGUCGGUGGUAUCUACGGUGUACUCAACAGACGUCGUGGUCACGUUUUCGAAGAAGCUCAAGUUGCUGGUACCCCUAUGUUCGUCGUCAAGGCCUACUUGCCAGUAAACGAAUCUUUCGGUAAGUUUUGUAUAAUGUCAUAUCUCUUAUUUAUGUAUUUUUUAUUUUCUUCUUGAUUAUAUUGUGAUUGAUUUCAGGUUUCACCGCCGAUCUCCGUUCCAACACUGGAGGUCAAGCUUUCCCACAAUGUGUGUUCGACCAUUGGCAGAUUCUUCCAGGAGAUCCGUUCGAUGCCAACAGCAAGCCAGGACAAGUUGUCACUGACACCCGUAAGCGUAAGGGUCUGAAGGAAGGCAUCCCAGCUUUGGACAACUUCUACGAUAAACUCUAA